CCGUCAUAGACGGGCUGACGGGACGGAGGAAAGAGAGCAUGGUGCUAAGAGAUACCCAUAGCCACUGAAUCGGGGUAGACUGUGCGAUAUGGAGGCUUGUGGAGAACGAGGAAAAGACCACUUGGGUGAAGGUAAGAAAACAAAAAGAAAAAAGGUCUCUAAACCGGAUUCGGGAGUCCCCCCCCCUGCAAAUUCAAGCAGUGGGUUGGAUGGAGCCUUACCACCUGGCACCCACCAAGCCACCUGGGGUCCACCAAUCAACGAGCCAGGAUCAAAAAAACAAGCGGACAGAGUGUUUGUCGACAUGCUGGGAGUGACGCCGACCCACAACCAAUAUCUCCAGCACCAAGCUUUGCAUGGCGGCGUUGAUCGCUUGCGGGAGGGGGGCGUCGUGGUAAGAGAGUUCAAGCAGAGAGCGGGGCAAUUGGUCAUUACCCUCCCAGGCGCCUACCACUCUGGAUUCAGCGUCACUCCCACUCAGGCCGAAGCGGUCAACUGGACGGAUUCCACAGAUCGGUCCGAGGAAUAUAUCCCUUGCAACGCGGAAUGCAAUGAUCACGACCCGAUUACGUAUGAGAUAGCGUUUUCGAGCGAUCAGCCCCAGAACUCAACUUCCCUUAAAAAGGAUGCAGGCAAAGAGCAGCACGCCGGAGAGCAGCACACUGGCGACGAGCACACGGAUGAGCAAAACACAGGCGAUGACCAGCAAACCAAAGUCGCAGGACCCCGGAGAUCAGGAAGGAGGAAGUCCGAAGGUACCCCCUAUCCCGCAGGAUUUGUCAUUGGGAACAAUGCGCAGCAAGCCGCUACCUUGCGCAGUGCACGGUAA